AUGGGACCGACCUACUGCAGCGCUGAGACCUGCAUCAACAACUGCGAUGCGAAAGCCGAGUGCAAUCCAGACAACUGGCCAGACCAGUAUGUCAACGCGACCACCUGUCCCCUGAACGUCUGCUGCAGUCCCUAUGGGUUCUGCGGCACGACCGAGGAAUUCUGCGGCAACACCACCGUGACCCGGCCAUCCUGUGAUGCAGCCUCGCAGUCGAUCACCCGAGUCAUUGGCUACUACAACUCAGCGGCCGCGUCGCGGGGCUGCGGGGGCAUGCUGCCCGCGGCCGUGCCCCAGGGUGUCUACUCACACAUCUAUUUUGCCUUUGGGAGCAUCGACCCAGACACCUUUGAGGUCAUCCCGGCGUCCAAUGCCGAUACACUGCUCUACCCCCAGCUGCAGGCGCUUCAGAUGCGUGACUUGAGCCAGGAGCUCUGGCUCUCCAUCGGUGGUUGGGACUUUUCCGACAGUGGCACCCCGACGGCAACGACAUUCUCGGACCUGGUCGGGGCCAGCACGAGCCAGCAGAACGCCUUCUUCAAGUCGCUCAUCCAGUUCAUGACCACCUAUGGCUUCACCGGUGUGGAUAUCGACUGGGAGUACCCCGCGGCGGGCGAUCGGAACGGCCGGGAUGCCGAUUAUGCCAAUUAUCCCAGGUUCCUCGCUCAGCUAAAGAAGGCACUGGCCGCGUACAAGUUUGGCCUGUCCAUCACAUUGCCCACGAGCUACUGGUAUCUGCAGCACUUUGAUCUGGUAUCCAUCAACCCGUCGGUUGACUGGUUCAACUUCAUGACCUAUGACUUGCACGGCACCUGGGACAUCGGCAACCAGUGGACCGGGGCCUAUCUGGAUGCCCAUACCAACCUGACCGAGAUCACGACCGCAUUGGACUUGCUGUGGAGGAAUAAUAUCGAGCCCAAUAAGGUCAAUAUGGGCAUGGCCUUCUAUGGCCGCAGCUUGACCCUCGCCUCCGCCUCCUGCACUGAACCGGGGUGUCCGUAUCUUUCCGCCGGCGAUGCCGGCGACUGCAGUGCUACGGCCGGGGUCUUGUUCAACAGCGAGAUUGAGGCGAUCAUCAGUGAUAAUUCCCUGACCCCGCAGCUCUACACAGACGCCGCCGUCAAGACUAUCACCUGGAACGGCGACCAGUGGGUCUCAUAUGAUGAUGAGGACACCUGGAAGCUCAAGGCCGAGCUGGCCAAAUCUCAGUGUCUCGGCGGGGUCCUGGUCUGGUCAAUCGACAGUGACGACAACUCACACACAUUCUCCAAGGGACUGGCAGCUGCUCUGGGCAACGAGAUCAACCUGAAUAUGACAACCGGACUGACGUCCUCCAUGUUCGUCGAGGAGUACUCCUAUAUCGGCUCCUCUGUCAGCCUCUCCAGCCAGGACGCGUACUGCCACUUCAUCAAUUGCGGAGAUGUCUGCCCCAGUGGCUUCACCGUGAUCACGCGCGGCGACGAGACCUCACAGCUCAUGCUGGAUAGCACCGAGUGCCCACCCGGCGAUGGGCAGACCCAGACGCUCUGCUGCCCGACUUCCUCGGACGUGCCAACCUGCCAGUGGCGCGGCUUCCACAACAACGGCAAGUGCACGGGCGGCUGUAACGACGGCGAGGCCGAGGUGGGCACCACCGGCGCCGGUUGUACUCGCUCGGGCUACCAAUCGGCCUGCUGCUCCGUCACCUCGUCGACCGACCCCUGGUCCAAGUGCGCGUGGACGACCAGCUGUCAGAGCGACCAGUCGUGCCCCUCGGGCUAUUCCAACUUCGUGGUGGGCUCGCGGAACGGCUGGGGGGGCAUGCCCUCGUGCAGUGGCGAUGACACAUACAACUAUUGCUGCUCGGGUUCGUCGGUCCCCGAUGCCUUCACCAACUGCGACUGGAAGGGCCACGAGACAACCUUUGUCAACACGGAGUACUGCAGUGAUUCGUGCCCCUCCGGGUACAUCCGCGUCGCUGAGCAGACGAUCAACUUGGUCAUGGGGAACAACCAGAAGGGCCACACGACCGACUGCAGGUGGGGGAACGAGGCCUACUGCUGCAAGGGGUCCACUACCGUGGUUGUGCCCCGGGGCAUUUUGCCCGAGCCGGUCUCCUACAAGGACCAGACAGCCAAGGACUUUGACGCCUACCUGCAACAGUGGCUCAAUGACCCCGUGUGCCCCUUGACCUGGGAGGCCCAGUACAGCGCCACCUUUGACGACCCCUAUGUCACCCGACGAGACCUGGCGUACAUUCAGAGCAUCAACAACAGCAGCAGGAACAGGAACAGGAACACCGACAACAAUCCCCCCACCGGGUUCAGCGUGGCGGGGGCCCGGAGAGACAUGGUGGACCAAGCCAAUACGCUGGACCACCUGAUGCCCUUGAUGGAAAGCUGGAUCACUGCCGAAGUCCUGCGAAGUGAUAUCGACUAUCUCUAUAACCUGCGACUGGAGGAGCAUGGGCUGCAAAACGAUGCGGCCAAUUCGUCGACCCUGAGGGCGAUGUUCUUUGACGCCGCCGCCAAUAAUGGGUCGACAGUCUUCCUCUAUAGCCCGCCCUCGACCAUAUCUGACGAACUGUGCAACAUUGCCGAUUCGGCCCAUGGGUUGGACCGGCUCGAGUUCGCGUCCCAAUAUCUCUGCGACGAUCCAAGUGUUGACUCCACCCUGUCCUCGCGGACUGUGACCGUCGUAGGCACCACUGACCGCUCAGAGAACAAUUGUUACCCGUCCGUGAUGUAUGUCCUGAAUGGUAUUCUCAAUGGCGAUCUCGCCCUCCACUACCUGCGGUGGAUCCCGAGCUACAUUCGUAACACCCGCCGUAUUGACGAGGUGAUCCUCGAACUGGCCUUCUGGAUGGGCCCAACCCUGGGCGUGGCCGAUAGCACCGUCCGGACCAACUACGGGGAUCGCAGCCACACGGUGGCCACCGACAGGUGGAUCGUCAUGCACAUGCAUAUCCCACUCGACACGCAUACAUUCGUGGGGGUCGACAACGUUUGGUACGUGGGAGUCCGGAACAUGGGCAUUUACCACAGCCAGGGCUCCUACCAGCCCCGGGCCAUCACCCCGGGACACGCCCGGGGGUCUCGGGCUGAAUUCCGCUAUUCAAGCUCCUACGCGGAUGGGAACUAUAACACGGGCGAUCUGCGAGACUACAAUUCCCGCACUGAUACCAUCGCUUGUCCCCGACAGCGCCGCGGCGAUGCAGCGCAGCGGUGGUAUCCUGGUCGGAGACGGGACAGUACUGUUCCUGGGUCGGCCAAUCCGAGUGCGGAUUAUGGCCAGUUGCUGAAUAACUUUGGAGCAUGGCUGCACGACCAGGGUACCUUCUCCGUGCAAAAUCUGGCGUACCUCUGGCCAAUCCUGCCAAAUAUCGACAUCUCGAACGGCUAUACUGCAGCAGACGUCAAUGCGAGAGGCGAGUUGAAACCCCGGGCCGGUGCGUUCGAUGAGAAUUGGCGGCCGGAUGGAGUCGCACCGAGGGAUCCAUCGUACUAUUCCAAUGUUUGA